AUGCCUGCCUCCGCCGCCGUUCCAGAAGCAAGAUCUGACAACGAAGUAACCGCGAAAAAAAGCUCGCUAAAAUAUCCUACAAAGCCCAAUGAAGAGACCUACAAAAAAGCGCUUGAUGAAGUGAAGGCAACGAUUGAGAAAUUGCAACAAGAUUUUAAUGAUGUGGUCGAAAAAAUCAAUAAUACUUCUGAUAAUACGCCUGUAUCUCAAAAACGUGAAGAACUUCGAGCUCAACUUGAUAGACUUCGUGGAAAGCAAGCUGAAAUGAAGAAAAAACGCUAUCAAAAAUAUGAUCUUCUUAAAAGCAUGACUGAUUCUUUACAAAAGAAGAAAAGAGAUCUUAAAUCUUCUAAGGAUAAGCUUCAAUUCCGAACUGUCAAGGAUAUUGAUAAUCAUAUUUCAAAUUUAGAGAAGCAAAUUGAAUCAGGUACUUUAAAAAUUGUUGAUGAAAAGAAAAUUAUUUCGGAUAUGUCCAGCCUUAAAAAAUCAAGAAAAAUUGUUGAAACUUUUGAGGCGCAACAAGCUACCAUUGACGCUGAACAAAAAGUUAUUGAUGAUAUGAGAAAAGAACUUGAUGAUAAUGAUUUGAAAGAAACCAGCGCACAGUAUGAUAAAAUAAAAGCUGAACUUGAUACUAUCAAUAAAGAUCAAGCUAUGGAUAGAGAAAAAAGGAAUGAAUUAUUUGACGAGAAAAAAAGAAUACGUGAACAGAUUAAUGCUCAAUUUGCCAAUAGAAAAACUCUUCAAGAUGAAUAUAAUAAGGCCAAACAAGAGUAUUGGCAAAAGGUGGAUGAAGAUCGUCGUCAAAAAAGGGAAUUACAAAAAAAAAGGAAAGAAGAACAAGAAUUAUUAAAGAGAACCCAAAUUGUUGCUAGUAAACGAGAAGAAGCAUCAGCUCCAGCUUUUCAAGAAGAGAUAGUUGUUUGUGAAAAUCUUAUUAAUUACUUCCAGACUCACCAUGGAGUUGGUAAAACUGAAGAAGUAAUUUCUAAUUCAAUUCCCGAUGAUAGUAACUCUAAUAUACGUCAGCCUGAUACUACCUCUAAUGUUCCAGAAGGUUGUAUUUUAGCAAAAAAAUUUGAACGUGAAGAAGAUUUAUUUGGGGAUAUAUCAUCUAAAAAGGUUAAAUCUCAAAAGAAAAAAAAGACUGGCAAGACUAAUGCUAAUAAUGCCAAUAGGCUUCAACUUCCUCUCAGUAUUAUGGAAGAUUUGAUUUUCCUUAAAGUUGAAAUUCCUCUUAAUCCUUCUGACGUCGAAAAAGUCAUUACUGAACUUACUGAAAAGAAAAACUAUUACUCCGAAAACCAAGACCGCGUGACCAAAGAAAAUAUUGCCAAAGCUGAGGCAGAGAUCGCUGCUUUGGAAGGAAAAGUGAUUAAUAAAAAAGUUGAUGAUGAGAAGUCAGAAUCUGCGAUCUUAUCCUUCUUUUUUUCUCCAAUUUUGUCCCUUUUCGACCCCUACCUGUCUCGAUUCACCGAUGCGUUGACUUCGCAUAAAACUCAACGCACCGCAGUAAAAGCUAUUUUUGUCGGCCUCGUGGUUGUAGCGCUAAUCGCUACUGCCACCGGCAAAUAUCCAAAUAGCGAGGUGGACUUUAGUGAAGGUGGACAAUACGCACAAUUUCUGACUGCAGGUCAAGCUUAUGAUGCUUCAAUUGACUUACACGUUCCUGCAUCCGAAAGAAAUAUUGGCUUGGGAAAUUUUAUGAUCAGUCUAGAACUUUGGUCUAGCACUGCAAAUAAAACGGUUAUAGCGUCCAGUAGACCCUGCAUUCUUACAUAUCAAUCAAAAAUGCUCCGAAUAUUUUCUACUAUAUGGCGGUUGAUUCCUUUAUUGGCGGGAUUUUCUAAAGAAGAUCAACGAUUAGAAGUUGUUAUGAUAGAAAAUCUGAUUGAAGAUUCUGAUGCUCCAAUCACAAAAGCUAUCAUCGGUGUUCACAAUCCUGAAGUUGAAGUCUAUAGUGCUCAAAUACGAUUAGAUGCUCACUUUAAAGGCUUACGUUACUUUAUGUAUUAUUAUUCAAUGCCGGCUGCAGUCUUUUUCAUGUCUCUCUUUCUUUCCUGGGAAAUAUUCUUUUCAGUUAUUGCUUGGAGAUCGUUUGUCAACUGGUGGCAGAGUAAAUUUCCGAUGGGCACUGAGCCUGCUCAAAUUACACCCGGUCCCAGUGAUACUCAGGAUGAUAGAACUACUAGUAAAGAUGAUGGUUAUGGAACAUGGCAAGAAAUUCGUCGUAGUGAUGCAAUUGAAGGUGGUGUAACAACUGAAACGGAUAGUGAUGAUGAACCGUCGCGUCCUGCUUCUGUAAUAUCUCCAUCUGUCACCAGACUUGCAUCUGAAGUUGGUGAAACAAGUUACACUACUGAAUCAUAUACUACUGAAGAUGAUGAUUCACAAAGUAUUGCCUCACGGACAUUGGAUGAUGAUGUUUCUGGAACUGAAACCGAAACGGAGGGAGAUGGUGACAAUGCUGAUAAUAAUGAUGGUCAAGAUGGAAGGAUACACCAACGUCAAAACAAUCUCGGAAUUACAGAUCACUUCCGAUCUAAUUCCGGUGGCCAAUCCUCUGCUUAA